UGUAAUAGUUAUGUUUUGGAUGUAAAUUAUGGAGCAAUAGGAGUAGUGGGAAGCAGUGAAUAGUGUGUAGUCUGCCAAUGUCCACCCUAUAGUCUCUUCUGAUUGACUUCUUCUUCUAUCUUCUGUAUUUGAAAUCUAGCCUCACCUUUUAGCUCUGAAAUUCCACCUUCUGCAACACCCCAAAAAAGCUAGUCCAGAAAUGAACCCCACAUGGUUAAAGUUGUAAACUAUUCGAAAAUGGCCACCAACCCAAACUAUCCACUUCCAUGCAAUAUGCACAAAAGAAUUGUAUUUAAAAGAUACCACUCUCUGGCAUGUUUUAAACAAAAGGGUACAUUCUGAAAGCUACACUUCAGCUUUAUCAAAUUUAUAUAUACAUUUACAUAAUCUUUUUCCAUUUUAUUAUGUAUGAGUCUACAUAAGAGAGGAUUUCCCUGUCUUUUCAGCUCCAUUUGUGUUCAUCUUUAUCUUUCACUAAUAGAAGAACAAUGCAAGUUCUGGUCGGGAAACUGUUCCCUUUCACCAUUUUUAUAUGUCUUAUGAACAUAAUUGUUCUGCCAUUAGUCAGCUCGUCAUCUCAACAACAUGUGAAGUCCAUUGACAGCAUUGCAGAUAAAAAAGACAGCAUUCAUAAGGUGAGUCAUAAACUGAUGUUUGAGAUUAGACUACAUGGAUUCCUCCUUUGGGCAUCAAUGGGGUUUUUAAUGCCUGUUGGGAUACUUGCUAUUCGAAUGUCAAAUAGACAAGAAUGUGGAACAAGGCUUAAGAUUCUUUUCUAUGUUCACGUAGUUUCACAGAUCCUUUCUCUACUUAUUUCAACAGCUGGGGCAGUCAUGUCUCUGAAAAACUUCAAUAAUUCCUUCAACAAUCAUCACCAAAGACUAGGGUUAGCUUUAUAUGGAAUCAUAUGGUUACAAGCAUUGACUGGGGUUCUUCGUCCAUGCAGGGGAUCCAAGGGAAGAAGUGGAUGGUUUUUUGCACAUUGGUUACUGGGAACUGCAAUUUCCAUUUUAGGUAUAAUCAACAUUUACACUGGAUUGAGGGCAUAUCAUGAAAAGACAUUAAGAAUCAUAAAGCCUUGGACCAUAGUUUUGACUGCAGAAAUAUCUUUGAUUGCUUUCGUUUACUUGUUUCAAGACAAAUGGUUGUAUAUUCAAAAGCAAGGACUUAUUUUGGGAGAUGAAUCAGUAACACCUAAACCACAAGAUAGUUCAUCCACUGAGAAGCAAAAGGAAUCAAGUAGUGAGAAAUAUUGAAGAAAAUAAAACAUUUUAAUCUGUGAGUUAAUUAAAGUUAGUAUUUUUCGUCCA